AAGAGGAAGAGGUGGAAAAAAAAAAAUGAGAGGUCGGAAAUCGCUAGCCUUACAUUCUCUGUAUGCGUUUCUAUAAACCGCUGCUUUGGCUUGGCUUACCUUAUCCUAUCCAUCUCUCUCGCUCUCUCUCUUUCUUAAAUUUUCUCUCACACUUAUAUCUUUCUCUUCCUCUUCCUCUCACACAUAUUUUCUUUUUCGCUGUGUCCCCCCCAAGCUCUCUUUCAGUCUUUAUUAUGCUCUACCUUCUCACUUGACUUCAAUUCCCUCCCACUUCAAUCCCUCUGUCUUUUUCCAUGUAAACACCCCUCUCCCCACCCAACUUCCUCUCUUCUCUGCCUCUUCAUCUUUCGUUUUUUAUUUUUUUUUUAUUUUCUUGGGUUAUACAUGUUUUUCACUUGCAUUGAGUUUUAGCUUCUUGUUGGGUUAAUUUUUUUUCUUGUUAAUUAAAUUUUGUAUGUUGGGUUUCUUUUCUUUUCCGGAUUGAAUUAUUUGCUUGAGGUAUAUUGCUACUUAAUUUUGAGUUUCUCUAAAAGUUUAUUGUUUUUGGAUAAGAUAUUGGAGAAGAGUAGUACUUGUUUUUUGUAAUCAAAUUCCAAUCGAGAUAAUAUUUCAAUUGUUUGGAAGAGACCCAAUUAUUAAAAAAAAAAAAAAAAAAAUUAUAGUGGUUUUGGCAAGCAAUGGCUCCUAAGGCGAGCAAGACGAAGCCACAUAAAGCCAAAGGAGAAAAGAAGAAGAAGGAAGAGAAAGUUUUGCCCACUGUAAUUGAAAUUACCGUUGAAACACCAGAGGAAUCACAAGUGACUGUCAAGGGUAUCUCUACAGACAGGAUCUUAGAUGUGAGAAAGCUUCUGGGAGUGCAUGUCGAUACAUGCCAUUUGACCAACUUCUCCCUAUCACACGAGGUGCGAGGACCCAGAUUGAAAGACUCGGUGGAGAUUCUGUCUCUCAAACCCUGCCACCUCACCAUCGUUGAAGAGGACUAUACCGAGGAACUAGCCGUUUCUCAUAUCCGACGGUUAUUAGACAUAGUCGCGUGCACCACCUCCUUCGGCGUUUCCACUUCUUCUCCCAAACCGGCCGGCCGAGCAAACCCGAAAGAACCGGCUCAGAAGGAACCCGGUUCAGACGAAACCGGGAGUACUUCGCCAAACGCCGACGAACUCCAUGUGCAGAAGGCCAAAGCUGCAGGCGAGAAGAAGCCCGGGACCGCCGUUGUGGGAGGCCAGAGGAGUCCGAAUGGGGCUAAGAACAACGACGCCGCUGAGAAAGGCGGCGAUUCGCCGAUCUCCAUGUGUCCUCCGCCGAGACUCGGGCAGUUCUACGAUUUCUUCUCGUUCGCGAACCUCACUCCGCCUCUCCACUAUAUUCGAAGGUCUACUCGUCCGUUCCUUGAGGAUAAGACUAAAGAUGACUUCUUCCAAAUUGACGUUCGAGUGUGCAAUGGGAAGCCAACGACAAUUGUUGCCUCGAGAAAAGGGUUUUACCCUUCUGGGAAACGUCUUCUUAUAAGUCACUCUUUGGUUGGUCUUCUUCAGCAGAUAAGCAGGGCAUUUGAAGCUGCAUACAAUGCUCUUAUGAAAGCUUUCACGGAACACAAUAAAUUUGGCAACCUUCCUUAUGGUUUUCGGGCAAACACAUGGGUUGUCCCCCCUGUUGUUGCUGAUAAUCCAUCUGUUUUCCCACCACUUCCUGUGGAAGAUGAAAACUGGGGAGGAACUGGGGGUGGUCAAGGAAGAGAUGGGAAACAUGACUUGAGGCCAUGGGCAAAAGAGUUUGCAAUUCUCGCAGCAAUGCCUUGUAAAACAGCGGAAGAGAGGCAAAUUCGAGACCGAAAAGCCUUCCUGCUUCACAGUUUAUUCGUCGACGUGUCUGUGUUUAAAGCUAUUGCAUCAAUUCGUGCUGUCAUUUAUAGUAACCAAUGUUCCUUGAAUGAUCCAACUGUCUCAAUUGCACACGAGGAAAAAGUUGGAGAUCUAAUUAUUAAGGUGACAAGAGAUGUGCCUGAUGCAAGCACAAAGUUGGAUUGUAAAAAUGAUGGUAGCCAGGUUCUUGGAUUGUCACAAGAGGAGCUUGCUCAGAGAAACUUACUUAAAGGCAUAACUGCUGAUGAAAGUGCAACGGUUCAUGAUACUGCUACUUUAGGUGUAGUAAUUGUUAGACAUUGUGGCUUCACUGCUGUUGUGAAAGUUUCCGCUGAGGUGAACUGGGACAGGAGUUCUCUUCCUCAGGACAUUGAUAUUGAGGACCAGCCUGAAGGAGGUGCCAAUGCCUUGAAUGUCAACAGCCUAAGAAUGUUAUUACACAAGUCAUCCUCGCCUCUAUCAUCAAGUACUGUUCAUAAAUUACAGAGUGCAGAAUUUGAAGAUUUACAUUCUGCUAGAUCUUUGGUAAGGAAAGUACUAGAAGAGAGUUUGCUGAGGCUGCAGGAAGAACCCACUAAGAAGACAAAGUCUAUCAGAUGGGAGCUAGGGGCAUGUUGGGUUCAACAUCUACAAAAUCAGGCUCCAGAUAAAGCGGAGUCUAAGAAAACUGAAGAACCUAAACUUGAGCCAGCUGUUAAGGGGCUUGGAAAGCAAGGUGGACUGCUAAAGGAAAUAAAGAAGAAAUUGGACGUCAAGAGUGCCAAAACUGAUCAGGGGAAGGAAGCACCUGCUGGUUACAACCUUGACAUGAAUAAGAAUUCAGAUUCAAGUAAUCAGAAGCAAGAGAAACAAGAUCCAGAGAAGGAAUUGACGUGGAGAAAACUGCUUUCAGAUGCUGCAUAUUUGCGCCUGAAAGAAUCAGAUACCGGACUUCAUCUUAAGUUGCCUGAUGAGUUGAUUGAGAUGGCACACAAAUAUUAUGCAGAUACUGCACUUCCAAAACUGGUAGCGGAUUUUGGCUCCCUUGAACUUUCACCAGUUGACGGAAGGACAUUAACCGAUUUUAUGCAUACCAGGGGUUUGCAAAUGUGCUCUUUGGGCCGUGUGGUUGAACUUGCUGAUAAACUCCCUCAUGUACAAUCACUUUGCAUACAUGAAAUGAUUGUAAGAGCCUACAAACACAUACUACAAGCUGUCGUAGCAGCAGUUGAUAAUGUUGCUGACUGGGCUGCAUCAAUAGCGUCGUGUUUAAAUAUAUUGCUAGGAACACCAUCAGUUGAAAAUGUGAAUGCGCACACUACUGAUGAUGAUAAAUUAAAGUGGACGUGGGUGGAAACUUUCCUUUGGAAGAGAUUUGGAUGGAAGUGGAAAUAUGAAAGUGGCCAGGAACUUAGAAAAUUUGCUAUUCUUCGUGGGUUGAGCCACAAGGUUGGACUUGAGCUUGUUCCAAGGGAUUAUGACAUGGAAACUGCAUUUCCUUUUAAGAAAUCUGAUAUCGUAAGCAUGGUUCCAGUAUACAAGCAUGUUGCUUGUUCAUCUGCUGAUGGGCGUACACUAUUGGAAUCAUCCAAAACUUCCUUGGACAAAGGAAAACUGGAGGAUGCUGUUAAUUUUGGCACUAAGGCACUCACAAAACUUGUGUCAGUAUGUGGACCUUAUCACCGAAUGACUGCAGGAGCUUAUAGUCUUCUGGCUGUAGUGUUGUACCAUACUGGUGAUUUCAAUCAGGCAACCAUAUAUCAGCAAAAGGCCCUGGAUAUUAAUGAGAGAGAGCUUGGACUUGAUCAUCCUGAUACAAUGAAAAGUUAUGGGGAUCUAGCUGUUUUUUACUAUCGGCUUCAACACACAGAAUUGGCCCUGAAGUAUGUCAAUCGUGCAUUAUAUCUUCUGCACUUGACAUGUGGGCCAUCUCAUCCAAACACUGCUGCAACGUACAUUAAUGUAGCCAUGAUGGAAGAAGGAUUGGGUAAUGUCCAUGUUGCUCUUAGAUAUCUCCAUGAGGCUCUAAAGUGUAAUCAAAGGCUACUUGGAGCUGAUCACAUACAGACGGCUGCUAGCUAUCAUGCCAUAGCUAUUGCGCUCUCUUUGAUGGAAGCAUACUCUUUAAGCGUUCAGCAUGAACAGACAACCCUACAGAUCUUGCAGGCAAAACUUGGGUCUGAGGAUCUACGUACCCAGGAUGCUGCUGCAUGGCUUGAGUAUUUCGAGUCCAAGGCUUUGGAGCAGCAAGAAGCUGCUCGUAAUGGUACUCCAAAACCAGAUGCCUCAAUCUCCAGCAAAGGUCAUUUAAGUGUAUCAGACCUUUUGGAUUAUAUAACCCCUGAUGCUGAUAUGAAGGCAAGAGAAGCCCAAAAGAGAGCUCGUGCAAAGGUCAAAGGAAAACCAGGGCAGAACUGGGAACUAGUCCCAGAUGAGUACCAAAAGGAUGAAAUUUUGUUGCCUAGUUAUUCCAUGGCAAAGAAUUCAAGUGAUAAAGAGAACAAAACUGAAGUACCAUUUACAGAACCUAGAAAUGAGAAAUCCGAUUCAACUCAACCAGAUCAGUCAGCAAUUCUAAAUUCACUUGAUGAUCUGGCACAAGAUGACACCUCAGAUGAAGGAUGGCAAGAAGCUGUUCCUAAGGGUCGUACACCUACAGGUCGUAAGCCUUCUGGUUCAAGGAGGCCAAGCCUUGCAAAACUGAAUACCAACUUUAUGAAUGCAUCUCAGACAUCAAGAUACCGAGGAAAACCCACUAACUUCACAUCUACAAAAACAAGUCUGAAUGAGGCUAAUGCUUCUGCUGGAGCUGCUCCUGUUGCAAAAAAGUUUAGUAAGAGUGCAAGCUUCAGUCCUAAGCUAAAUACCCCAGGCAUGCCCAGUAGCAGUGGCCCAGAGAGGGUGUCAAACCCAAAGUCAGCCCCAGCUAGCCCAGCUUCAACUGAUCAAAUAGCCAAGUCUACUCCAAUGGCAAGUCAAAUUAGUGUUCAGGCAGCGGGAAAACUUUUUUCCUACAAAGAAGUUGCCUUGGCUCCGCCCGGGACAAUUGUGAAGGCUGUGGCUGAACAGUUGCCAAAGGAAAAUCUUGCAAAUGAACAGGACUCUCAGGUGAUCCAGGAGACAGCUGCUGCAGAGGUCAUUCCUGGUGAAGUGACAGCAGUAAAGGAUGUUGAGGAAGGAAAAAUUGAGAAACCCAUAAAAGAUAAAGAGAUUUUAGUUUCCAAAGUGAAAACUAAAAGCCCUGUUGACAAAGACAUACCCGCUGAAGUGGCAGAUACUGUUGUGAGAGAAAGCCCAAAGGUUCAAAAGAUUAUUGUUGGAGAUGUUCAAGUGGAAGCUAAGACUAUAGAUGUAAAAAACAUUGCUGUUGCUAACAAGGAAGCAGAAGCUGGUAACAUUGCUGUUAAAGAGUCAAACACCAGUGCCUCCAAAAGUGAGCAGUCUGAAACAGCAGUGUUGGAUAGUCUUCGUGCAACUUCCUCUGCUUUAGAGCCUCAGUUUGUUUCAACUGAUAAUACAACUCAGUUGUUGGACAAAGAGGCCUCCAAUUCUGAAAUGAAGUUCACAGAGGGAGAUGAAAGUCCACGUGAUUUACCCAAUGGUGGCAUACAAGUCAAGCCAGUACCAACUGAGAGAGAAAAGCUAGAUGAACCAGAAGCUGGAAAGGAGACGACCAAAAAACUUUCUGCAGCUGCACCUCCAUUUAAUCCGUCCACAGUUCCAGUAUUUGGUUCUGUUCCAGUCCCAGGUUUCAAAGAUCAUGGAGGAAUUUUGCCCCCACCAGUGAACAUCCCUCCUAUGCUUACAGUUAACCCUGUUCGGCGGUCGCCUCAUCAGUCAGCAACAGCGAGGGUCCCAUAUGGUCCACGGUUGUCCGGUGGCUAUAAUAGGUCUGGAAAUCGGGUUUCACGUAACAAACCUAGUUACCACAAUGCUGAACACAAUGGUGAUGGGAGUCACUUCAGCCCUCCCAGAAUAAUGAACCCACAUGCUGUGGAGUUUGUACCUGCCCAACCUUGGGUUCCCAAUGGCUAUCCAGUAUCUCCAAAUGGUUUUCUGCCUUCCCCAAAUGGUUAUCCUAUGUCCCCAAGUGGUAUUCCUGUAUCACCAGAUGGCCAUCCAGCAUCACCAAAUGGUGUUUCAGUGACUCAGAACGGUUUUCCAGCUUGUCCGAUAAGUUCAGUAGAGUCAUCACCAGUUGUGAAUGUUGACAUAGGUGUUGAAAUCGAUAUCAAUGCUGCAACGGUAGAGAGAAAAGAGGCUGCAGCUGGAGAGAGUAAAGAGGCUGCAGUAGAGGAGAGCCACAAACAUGCCUCUACACAAGGUGAAGUUCAAAUUCAGCCAGUUGAACUAAACCCCCGAGAAGAUAAAUCUGUAGACAAUGCAAACACUAAUUCUAAAAUUGAAGAAAAGCAUACAGAUAUAGUUCCUAUGGCUGGUGACAUGAUUGGUGAUACUGGUGUGACAAAAGAUGCUAGCGAUAUAGUAGUUGAGGAAAAACCAACAAAAUGUUGGGGAGAUUACAGUGAUAGUGAAGCUGAGAUCAUCGAGGUUACUGGUUAAAGAAGCAUCCUGAAUUUUCGUUAGAUGCAAAAAACAUGUUGUUAACAGCCAAAGGCUGUGUGUGCAAGUAACUACACAAGCAAUAAGCGUCACAGAGUUUUGGAGGCCAGUUAUUGAAUUAGAGAAACGAAAAUUUCCUGUGAAGCUUGUGGCAUACUUGACUUCAAACUGUUGUAUUGUGAAUACGUUCAGAUAAGAGGCUGGCUUUUGCUGCAGAAUGCGAUGGAUGGAAUAAUAUGCUGGCAUGCGGAAGAAACUUACCAUGAUAGCAGGAAUAUCUGUUGAGCAAUCCAUUGGUGACUUUUAAUUUUCAAUUUUUCACUUUAAAUGUUAUAGCUUUUUUUUUUUUUUUUCUUCUGAUAUAAUUUUGAAACACGGAUCACACUUGGUGUAUUUAUGCUUUCUAGAUCAAACUCAUGGCGAUGAUGAUUGCUCAGAAUAUCUGCAGUAACAAAGAUGCAAUUUUUCUUGCC